CUCGUCCUUCCCUCUCACUCUCUUCCUCCUCUCCCUCUUCCUCUCCCUGUCUCCCACCCUCACCUGGAAUGGGGCAAAACCAGGUCCUCUCAUACCUCCUCAUCCUUGUCGUUGGAUCACAGGCGGCGCCCCAUGACCUCGGGCACGUCCCGCCCCCUGGCAGUGCCCCGGGUGGCAUCGUCAGUUCAUUUAGACCGUCGCGACCCCUGCCUCCAUGUCCCCCCCAAGGCUCCGGUCCUCCACCCGGCAGCGCCCCCGGCGGUAUCUCAAGCUCUGUCCAACGUCCAUGUCGUGAGGAAGGUUCCCCCCCACCAGGGAGCGCCCCCGGCGGUAUUGUCAGCUCUUUCAGGCCUUCACUUCCCCAACAACGUUUCCCCCCACCAGGCAGCGCCCCCGGCGGUAUCGUAAGCUCCUUCAGGCCUCCAAAGCCCCCACGACCCUUCAGGCCAACAGGACCCACUGGCUCCGGCCUCCGCCCCGGCGUUGCCCCAGGGGAGGGCGGUCCCGUGAUCCCCAUCCUGGUGGACGAGCGGGACGGGCCCCACGCUGACGGCACCUACAGCUUCAACUUCGAGACAGGCAACGGCAUCUCUCGCCAGGAGCAAGGAUACCCACAAGGCCCCGAGGGCGCCGUGGUGUCCCAGGGAGGCUGGUCCUUCACCUUCCCUGACGGCACCCCCGCUGUGUUCUCCUUCGUGGCUGACGAGAACGGUUACCGCGUCGAGUCUGACCUACUGCCCACGCCCCACCCGCUGCCCGCCCACGCCCUUGCGCAGAUCGAGUUCGCCCGCCAGCAGGAAGCGCAGGGCAAACCUCAAUCGGAAGUCCGCUACGGUCGCUAGUAGGGCGUGUUCGGGAUCUUUGGAGGACCAGGGGAGUUUCGUACCACUGGAAUAUCAUACUGUCGUCCUCCUCCUCCUCCCUCUCCUCCUCCUCCUCCUCCUCUUCCUCCUCCUCCUUCUGCAGCGUUUUAUCUCUCAGCUGUUGCGACGCCAGAAUAAACAAUUAAUGUAUCCUCCUCUUCUUCUUCCUUCUCCUCUUUCUCUUCUUCUAUGCACGUGUCAUCCUCCUCUUUCUCUUCUCCCUCCUCCUCCUUCUCCUCUUCUUCUUCCUGUCCCCCAUUCGUCGUCCAUGUCUUCUUCUUCUUCCUCCAUGUACGUUUUUUUUUUUUUUUUUUUCAAGCCUGUGUGCGUUUUGAUAGCCGCCAUAUGCACACAUGUCGGUUUCCUUGAUGUAUUUUCUUGUUAUGUAUGUUUGUUUUUUGUGAAUGUUUGUGUGUGUGUGUGUGUACGUGUAAAUUUUAUGUACGUCUUUUUUUAAGAUAUGUGUACGUCAUUAUUCAUACGUACAUGUAGAGAAUAAUAAAUAGUAGAAUGUG